AUCUUACCUUCUGAUGGACUGAUCACCUCCUAGAUGAGAAACACUCUGAGGUCUCAAUACUCUUGUAAUUAGGGAAUGUCCAACACCUGUGAUUUCUGUUAAAUUGCUCAAGUGGUGCUGGGAUUCCUGCUAGACAUGAUUAGUGGUUCAAAUGUGUUCUGUCUUCACUGAGCUUCAUCUGUUUACCAAGAAUAGAAACUUAAUGUUUGUGCAUUUUUGAUGCCAACAUAUUUGCCAGUUUGAGGGUGGAGAAAACCUGUUUACUGUAUGUAAUCAGUGUUGUGUUUUGUUUUUGCUAUUGUUUGUCUCAGUUGUUGUAGCUAGUCAGGCAUUAUGGCUGAGUACACUCUGGAAGUGACAACAGGAAGCAUGUUGCAAGCAGGCACAUUUGAUAACUUGUAUGUUACCCUGAUCGGCACUGAGAGGCAAUCUGAGCGCACUCAGCUGACCAGUUUUGGAUUGGAUGAGAAAACUGGAAAGGUGGGAACAUAUUCUGUGACUACACUUCUUUCUUUAGGAUGUCUUCUCCUCCUCAAGUUGGAAAAAGAUCCUUUCCAUGAAUCCCCAGAAAAGGAUUGGUUUUGCUCCAAGAUAGUGGUGAAGACACCUGAGGAGGAUGAAAUUCUAUUUCCCUGUCACAGUUGGCUGUCCAGAGGGGAAUUUGUGUUGAUGAGAGGGGGGAGAGCUACAAAAGCUUUUGAAGAUCUCCAUCCUCGACUAGUAGACCAACGGAAAAAAGAAUUGGUCAAACAAAAAUUAAUGUACAAAUGGGAUAAAUAUGCAGAAGGAUUGUCGUACAUCUUAAACAUUGAUGAUCCAAAAGCUAUUCCUGUAGAAAUCAGCUUCUCAUUCUCAAGAGCCUUUGAGUAUAGAUACACAUCAGAAGCAGCAUCGGCAGAGCUCGAACUGAAAGGUCUGAAAGAUUCUACUGAGCACUUUGAAAGCUUUGAGGCCAUGAAGGUGGUCUCAUGGUUUAAAAAGGCACCCGUCUCAGAGUAUGUUUCGGAGCACUGGGAGGAUGAUGACUUUUUUGGAUACCAGAUCCUUAAUGGAGCGACUCCCUUUAUGAUCAAACGUUGCUCAAAGCUGCCCUCCAACUUUCCUGUAACUGAGGAAAUGGUGAAACCUUUUCUGGCCAACGGAGUCUCUUUGACUGAAGAGAUGAAGAAGGGCAAUAUAUUCAUUAAUGAUUACAAGAUCAUGGAUGGUCUGCCUACAAGAGUUAUUGAUGGUAAACCAGUAGCACUGACUGCUGCUCUCUGCCUGCUGUACCUAAAUCCAGAAAAGAAACUACUGCCCAUCACAAUUCAGCUCGGUCAGCAGCCCUCAGAGGAGACCCCGAUUUUUCUGCCUAGCGACUUGAAGUCUGACUGGCUGCUAGCCAAAAUAUAUGUGAGGAAUGCAGAUACCCUCUAUAACCAAGUGAUCAGUCAUUUGCAGAACACUCAUCUACUAGCCGAAGUUUUUACAAUGGCGACACUUCGCAACCUCCCAAUGAUUCACCCCCUGCACAAGCUGCUGAUCCCCCAUCAUCGAUAUACCCUCCAUAUAAACAUCCUUGCUCGUGCUCGUCUUUAUGGGCCUGGUAGACUUUUUGGAAAUACUUCACUUGGAGCAGACGGAGUAACGGAACUGAUGAAAAGGGGGCUCUCCGAAAUGACCUACACCUCACUCUGCCUGCCUGAAAACAUUGCAGCUAGAGGACUGGAGUCAAUCCCUGACUUCUAUUACAGAGAUGAUGCACUGAGGCUGUGGAGCAUCACCAACAGCUUUGUCAAGGCAAUGGUGGCAUAUUAUUAUCCAUCUGACAGUGAAGUGUCUGCAGAUUCUGAGCUCCAGGAAUGGAUCAAUGAGAUCUUCUACUAUGGAUUUCUGGGAAAUAGUGACUCAGGAAUCCCGUCAAGCUUUCAAACUGUGGCGGAACUUAUCAAGUUUGUCACUAUGGUGAUCUUCACAUCAUCAGUUCAGCAUGCUGCAGUGGGCAGUGCACAGUUUGAUUUUCUAGGUUGGACUCCCAAUGCUCCACUGUUGUUGUUCCAAGCUCCUCCAACAACAAAGGGACAGUCAAGUAUGGAGGCCAUCUUGGCGACUCUACCAAAUAAAUCAUUUGUAGGAGUUGUUAUGUCCAAUGUGUGGCAGCUCAGCAGGAAGUAUAGUGAUUUUGUACCUCUGGGUACUUAUCCUGAGCAACGCUUUGAAGAGCCUGCAGCCUUACAGAUGAUCGAGGAUUUUCAAGCAGAGCUGUCCUCCCUCAGUGUGGCUAUUAACAAGAGGAACUCUGAGCUUGAGCUGCCUUAUACUUACUUGAACCCUAAAGAAAUAGAAAACAGUGUCACUAUUUGACCAAGAUUUUUUUCAACUGUAGUAAACAAGUUGUCAUAGCUUUGUUGUCCAAGGUACUGCAAACAUUGAGCCAUGAUUCAUGUACUGCAACUGACACUGUAAGCGUAUCCUGAAAGUAAAGAUUCACAUUUAUAUGGAUGAUGUACUUUGUUCCAUUAGGUGUGUUAAGUUAUAUACAGGACUGGUCCGAAGUACAAUAGUUUGCAGUAAACCGUUGGUAAUGCUAAAAUGGCUAACAUGAUAAACACAGACAUACAAAUA